UUUGUGUGGGACUGGAUAUUCCAGGGAUUGUGGUGGAGGAGUUUGGCCAAUUGUAUGAUCAAAUUCCAUGAGUUUAACUUAUGCCAGGCUUAACUUGUCCAUUGGAUUGCUCUCCUAAUUAAAAAAAAAAUCGGUUCUCAGAUAUCUCAGAUCAUCAAAGGUUCAGUUUAUAAUCAAAGUAUACAACUCUGAAAUUCUUCAAUUCUCCGCUAACCAUUUAAACCAAGAAAGAAAAGAACAGCAACCCCCAAAUCCCACCUCCCACACAAAAAAAAAUGAGAAGAUCGGGCGAAUAAACACAAAAUAUAAAAGCUAUAAGACUGAAAAAAAACAAGAUUUUAUAGUCCAAGUCCACAUCCAAAAAUGCAGAAAAAACCUGGUCAGCACUCUCGGCAGCAGCAGGCUCUCCCUCUCUUCGGUAGCGUACCAGAGCAAUCAAAAGACAGGCAGCCUACCCUCGACUCUCACUUCGAUGCUUCAAUCACCCUCGUUGCUGUAGUCGGCGAAUAGUAGAAGCUUUAAUCGGGGCCAAACAUCGGCUUGCGCCCCAUCCUGCAGCCUGCCCGCUACGAAGUUUGCACAUGCUGUCUCUGCCUCCCGGAAUCCUCCGGGGGACUGCCGAGCACUGGAACACCAAAACCAUCUCCCGCACUCGCCGCUUUAAUCGGCGGAAUGGAUGUUUGCUCAUGCUGCCUUUGCCUCCCCGAAUCUCGAAGACUGCAAAGCACCAAAGCGAUCUCCAAACAACAAAACACGGUCUCCAACAGUUCCAGAAUCGUAUCCAAGACGAGAAACAAAUAUAAAAGACAUAAAAGAGUGAAUUUCUGAAACUAAAGCAAUGCAGUCGCUACCUGAAGUUCAUGCCACCAGCCACCUUGGUUGCUCAGAAAACAUUGUGAAUUUGAACUUUAGCAAACUCCAGCCAAGAAGAGUGGUCGAGGUCUACAUCAAACGCAGCUUAAGUCUAAAGGAAGGUGGUGCCAACAACAAGAUAAUGAAGUGGAGUUCUCUUCCAGGAAAUGUCUCACCAAAAAACAUGAAGUGCAAGGAGGGAGCUGGCCUGAACAUUCCAUGGAAACAUUGCAGGGGUCAAGAAAAAAUGCAAAGUGAAACAGAGGGUCAAAAGCAUAAAGAUAAAGCGAUGCCUUCCAGCACCAGCUCUUCAAACAUUGAGUCAAGUGUGGAGAAGUCACCCAGUAAGUGCAGGAGCAAAGAUGGGAAAAAAGGAAGAAAGUCUCAAACCUUCUUUGGAAAAAUUGUGAGUUCCCUGUGGAAAAGGAAAAGUGAUGAGAAGAAAUUUGAUGGGCAUAAAAGAUUGAGAGACCCUGGGCCUCCCCUAGCUGAAAACCCCCCAGAACACAAUGGAAAACAGCACCUUGCUGGAAUCCAGGAGCCACCUGGAGAGCUGCCCAUCAUUCACAAGCUCAAGAAAAGAAAUAGCCUCCGGAGAGUGCUCUCUUUAAAGAGGAAUAAUUCUGAAGUUAAAGACAUUGGGUUGGCUGGUCCAGGAGCCAGUAAGAGUAAGGAUGUCCGACCCAGUCUGCUGGAUCUCAACAGUGGAUGCAGGCCAGAAGAAAACAUAUCAGUACGAGACUCUGCGUACCUGUAUGAGCAGGUCUCUGAGGAAGUCGAGCGGAUUGUGCAGACGUCAGAGUCCGCUGAAGGAUGUGAAGAUAAAGGAAGAAGUGCAAGGACAGCAGAGGAAUUAGAAACACAGUGCUUGAAAUCAGCAGAUGAUAACAUUUGGAAAAUUAUUGAAAUACUCCAAAAUGUUGGUGAUCAUGUUGACUCAAAGCUUCAAGGAGAUUCCCAGCUUUCGACUUUCUUCACAAACCUCAGCUACGACGCCUUCAAGGAACUGGCAGACCAAUAUGUCAAAAAGGAGGUGAAGAACAAGGGACUGCAGGAGAAUCCCGAGCUUGUCAAGCUGGCAUUUACACUUGAUUUUACUGCAAAGGUUGCAGGGGUCUGUGACCAUCAGAUCAAGCGGAUCACAGGCUUCGGGAGCCAGUACCUCCAGGAUACCUGUUGGCAGAUGCUCAGCUCCAGUGAACAGAACGAACCAACAAACAGCACAGAACGGCCUCCCAGUCCAGACUGAAGGAGACUGACUGAACAAUUGCUUCUAUUUUACAUCUUGAAGGAGUCUGCAACUUCCUGAAUGUGUAGAGUGAUUCAGACUGAGCAGAACAUGAGAACAAACUCACAGCUCCUCAGUAACUCUACCCUGUAGAUGCUGUGACUACAACUGUGGCUCUGUCCUCUGCUGCUUGGCUGCAGUGAGAAUAAUCUCUGGAUUCCACCGAAGUACAACGUGCCUCUUGUUUGGCACUUCUCCACCUGACAUGGAGCCUUCCUAGACUGGGCUGUAGAACAGAGAUGCAUCGGCCUACCUUCAAACAUUAUCAUCUAGUGUUUAUGGCAAAUUCACCACCUUUGCAAGGUAGUAGAUGAACACACCUGUUAUUCAGAGUAAGCAGCCAUUCAGUGGAUGACCUGCAGAGUGAGGCAGCUGCAGAACUUGUUCUUAAUACAGAAGUACCUCUGGCUUAUUCCCCCUUCCUUUCCAGUUGGAUGAAGGGUCUCGUCCUGGAACGUUGACUGUUUUCAUUUGCAUUGAUUCUGCCUGACCUGCUAAGUUCUUACAGCAUUUUGUGUGUGUCAGUCUAACCUUGUUUGAUGUUUUCUCUGGUGUUUAUAUUGUUAUUUAUUGGUAAGAAUGACUUCGUAUUUCAGUGCAAUAGUGUGUG